AGUACAAGCUUCCUAAUUUUCUGAGAAUUUUUCAUAUAUUAUUUUCUGCUUUUCGUCGAAAAAAAGGAUUUUCUCGCGUAAACAGUUAAACUUUCUGCUUUAAUAUAUAGAUGAAUAGCACUUUGACUUCGCUAUCGAUUUACAUAAUUUUAAUCAGAUUUUAACUGAAUCUCACAAGUGAAUUUUUGUGAAAAGUAUUAUUGGUUUUUGUAUAACUACUUUUGAUAGUCAAAUUCAAUAGAGAAAAUUGAAAAAUAAUCGAAUGAACCUGUAUAAUCGUACACAACUAUGGCCUGACACAUUGAAAUAGAAUGGAUUGUAGUCUUGUUAACAGUUUCAACUGACCUACCUGGAUGCAAUCAGUGUUUUUCGCCUCGUGAAUCCAAAAAGCAAUAGAAAUAACAUGAGAUUCGUGUUCAGCACAACAAACUGAAUCUAACAGAGUACAAUCAAAAAUGUCAUGUAUCUCACUCUGGAAAAACACCACUUCAAGGCAUAAGGUGAGACAACCUAUACUUGAUGUAAAAGUCGAACGAAUCGCAUGUGGUUCUAAACAUUUGAAUAAAAACUAUUAACUAGAACUAAACACGUUUUCAAACAUCUAUUUCUAGAUUACACUUGAUUUCAAUUGUUGAGGUAUCAAUCAUAUGAACAUGGCAUUUAACAAUACAGGUAAAAUUCUAUAUCGUACAGAAAACAAAAUGAGUAAGUCAACGAUCAGGUUUCGUUACGCCAUACAUAUAUGCCUUAAGUGAUUGUAAGAUCCAUGUGAUCUGCGACACGACUACUCACCCUCAUCCACACCCUCAUUAUCAAGCUAACUUUGUUUUCCAAAAGGUUUACCAUUCAAUUCUACACAAGACGUCUAGUAAAGGCUUUUUCUGGAGAAAUUUGACAAGAUUAACGAUUGAAUUGAAAUAAGAGAGGCAUUUUGUAGCCUUCAAUAACCUUUAUCGAUUCAUGAUCCAUUCACUAUCUUUGUGCUCAUUCUUGCGAUGUACAUCAAUCAUUGUUUUUUUUCGGAUUUAUUACUCUAAACACAAAUAUUCUGAUGUGUAUUUUCGAAACGACUUGGAAAGUUGGUCUUGUUUUUUAGAUGUUAGGUAGUUCUUUUGUGAAAACAAAAAUUUAGCUUGAUAAAAUGAUAACUAAAGGAGUGAUAGUGAACAUUCUGCGACCAUAUACCAUUCUUUUUGCUGCACACGUUAUCUAUUCCAAUCAUAUUUGUUUGUUACGAUGAUGAUAAAAUCUGGCCAGAAACAUAUUUGUCUUUCAGAAAGAAUCAAAACAUGACUUGUCCAUCAGCUCUGAUAGAUUUAACGAUCGUCAGAACACAACGUUAUUUAAAACCGUUUUAGGAUAAACAUUGCUUCAAAGAUAUAGAGUCGCUGAACAAAAGUUGAUUGAACUUGUAUUACGGAAUUUGUUUUCCGACAUUUAUAUCUUUUUCAUUCAACAAACUAAAAAACAAUUCUAAAUGACAGAAAUCACGCAGUUUGUAUACGUGCAUGAUUUACAUACAUUGUCUUCUUUCUGUUGUACGUAGUUCUCCCGAAUAUUUCUCCGAAUGCCAGAUGGAUACAGAACGGUGUCACUGUUGCUGGAGGAAACGGAAAUGGCAGUGCAUCCAACCAACUAUUCUCCCCUUGUGGCCUCUAUGUCUAUGACGAUCAAACGAUUUUGAUCGUUGACUGCAUGAAUCAUCGUAUUGUGGAAUGGAAGUCUGGUGCAAAGAGUGCUCAAGUAGUGGUGGCUGGUGGUAACGGGCAGGGAAAUCGACCUGAUCAGUUGAAUGGACCAACAGAUGUGACUGUCGAUAAAGAAACAGACACUCUCAUCAUCUGCGAUCGAGGGAAUCGACGAGUGAUGCGAUGGUCUCGUCAAAAUCGAAUAAGUGGAGAAACGAUCAUCGACAAUAUCGCUUGUAAUACAUUGACGAUGGACGAUCAGAGAUUUCUCUACGUCUCUGACGUCGAAAAGGAUGAAGUAAGACGAUAUCGAAUGGGAGAGACAAAUGGAAUAGUGGUGGUGGGUAGCAAUGAAAAAGGUGAUGGUCUCAAUCAACUCAAUUGGCCCACUUGUCUCUUUGCCGAUAGAGAACAGUCUGUCAAAAAGCAAUAG